AGUGUUUCACUGACAGUGGCAGAGAACGGUUGCUUCGAGAUAGUUUGAUAGAUUGUUUGAUUAUAAAUUACUAUAAAACAGACAUGCCGGUCCAUGAUUUAAACUAGUGUUUAUUCAUAUCUCUUUUGCAUCGUGUUGAUUAACAAGCAGUCUGCUCUAGGAUUGUUAAAUUUAUUUAAUUGUGUUCUGUUUAGUUUUGUUAUUAACGUUCAACGAAAACAUAACCUUCAAACUCGUCAAUCAAGAUAACAUUUUGAUAAAAAAGUUCAUUUGCGUCACGUGUUUUUACCCGUUUACUUAUUUGUUACAAAUUUAUGAGCUUAAAUUCUUUUAAUAUUCAUUACAGUUUCGGUCGUGAUAAGUCGUAUUAUUGUAUUGCCGGGUACAAUUUUUUACACUCAAGUCCUGCAUUCAAAAAGUUUGUAUCAGUGUAUUAACUUGGUAGGUAAGCUAUUUACAAGACAUUUUGAAUGUUCUAAAAUUAAAUCAAAUCAAAAUGAUUGAUAAUCCUGACACUGAUGGUAUUGCUGGAGGAAAAAUCAUUGUGGUUUCAAAUCGUUUGCCUUUUGUGUUGAAGAGAGAUGCUAGUGGAAACCUGUCCAGACAUGCAAGUGCUGGUGGUUUAGUAACAGCUGUAGCCCCUGUUGUGGUUAGAAAUAAGGGAAUAUGGAUUGGAUGGCCAGGGAUUCAGUUGGAUAAUCCUGAAGAAUUAAUUCCUGAGUCGGAUCCUAAUGACAAAACACCCACAGCUGGACUCCUUUCUAGUCAGGUGGUUGCAGUUCAGGUUGAACCCCAGGUAUUCGACAGCUACUACAAUGGAUGUUGCAACAGAACGUUUUGGCCUCUAUUUCACUCAAUGCCUGACAGAGCUGUAUUUUCUGCCGAUCAUUGGAAGUCAUAUCAAGAAGUGAACAGGAUGUUUGCGAAUCAUACAAUCCAGUCACUGAGAUCAUUGCCAAAGACUGAGGCGAAUGGUGUGGCCUGCAAUACGCCACUCAUUUGGAUUCAUGACUAUCAUUUGAUGCUGUGCGCCAAUACAGUCAGAAACGUUUGUGAUGAGAUGAACUUGAAGUGUAAAAUUGGUUUCUUCUUGCACAUUCCAUUUCCACCUUGGGAUAUAUUCAGAUUGUUCCCUUGGGCUGAUGAGGUACUUCAAGGAAUGUUAGGCUGCGACAUGGUCGGCUUUCACAUAGAAGACUACUGUCUGAACUUCGUGGACUGUUGCCAGCGGAGACUGGGCUGUCGUGUGGACCGCAAGGGUCUGCUGGUGGAACAUGGCGGGCGAUCAGUGCGCGUGCGCCCACUGCCGAUCGGCAUCCCCUUCGACCGGUUCGUGCAACUGGCCGAGUCGGCGCCUGCCGUCUUGGCGCCUGCGCCUGCCCAGAAGGUGGUGCUAGGCGUCGAUCGGCUCGACUACACCAAGGGCCUAGUGCACCGAUUGCGCGCCUUUGAGAUACUGCUGCAGAAGUAUCCGCAACACCUCGAAAAGGUGACAUUAUUGCAAAUUUCGGUACCCUCGCGGACCGACGUGAAAGAGUACCAGGAAUUGAAGGAGGAGAUGGACCAACUGGUGGGACGUAUCAAUGGCAGAUUUACCACUCCCAACUGGUCGCCGAUUCGCUACAUCUACGGCUGCGUCAGUCAGGAUGAGUUGGCCGCCUUCUACAGAGAUGCGUCGGUUGCUCUCGUCACGCCACUGCGCGAUGGAAUGAAUCUUGUGGCGAAAGAAUUUGUCGCCUGUCAGAUAAAUGAGCCACCGGGCGUUCUCAUCGUGUCCCCGUUCGCUGGAGCAGGAGAAAUGAUGCACGAGGCCUUGAUUUGCAACCCUUAUGAGAUAAAUGACGCAGCUGAGGUGAUACACCGGGCGCUGACCAUGCCCGAAGAUGAGAGAACACUGCGCAUGAAUUAUCUGAGAAGACGGGAGAAGACGCACAACGUGGACUACUGGAUGCGGAGUUUCCUGAAGGCUAUGGGCACCCUGAUCUCGGAGGAUGGCGAGGAAGUGCUUCCCACCACAAUGCAGCCGGUCACCAUGGAUGACUUCGAUGAAUACCUGUCUAAGUACAUUGGGAACACGAAUAAGUUGGCACUGUUGCUGGACUACGAUGGGACUCUGGCUCCGAUAGCGCCGCAUCCCGACCUCGCCAUCUUGCCGCAGGAGACCAAACACGUGCUGGAGCGGCUCUCCAACAUGCCCGAGGUCUACAUCUCCAUCAUAUCCGGCCGCAACGUUCACAAUGUCAAGGAAAUGGUUGGGAUCGACGGGCUGACCUAUGCAGGCAACCAUGGAUUGGAAAUUCUACAUCCGGACGGAAGUCGAUUCAUGCAUCCGAUGCCAACUGAGUUCGAGGACAAAUGCAGCGCCCUCUUGCAAGCGCUACAAGAACAGGUUUGCAAGGCGGGCGCAUGGGUGGAGAACAAAGGCGCGUUGCUGACGUUUCACUACCGCGAGACGCCGAUCGACGUGCGUCCGGAGAUGGUGGCGCAGGCCAGGGCGCUGAUCGAGGCGCACGGCUUCCGUGCGGGAGAGGCACACUGUGCGCUCGAGGCAAAGCCGCCCGUGCAGUGGAACAAGGGCCGCGCGUCCAUCUACAUUCUGCGCACGGCGUUCGGCCUCGACUGGAGCGAACGCAUCCGCAUCAUAUACGCCGGCGAUGACGUCACCGAUGAGGAUGCAAUGGAGGCUCUGAAAGGAAUGGCUGCCACUUUCCGUGUGGCUCAGUCGAGCAUUGUGAAGACAUCCGCACAGCGAAGACUGCCAAGCACUGACUCUGUACUGACGAUGCUCAAAUGGGUCGAGCGUCACUUCAGCAAGCGAGCCGCCUCAGGUCUUGCCUCCACCCAAUCGGCAUCGAGCUCCAUGAGGCAGCAACAGGCGCUAAAGAUCCAAAUGUCGCUCCCGUCAGAUACCAAACGAUAAUCACUACCUGAGAAGUCGCCAAAGUCGGCCGACGACAAGAUCACUAUUCGUGUAGUAGUCAAAGUUGGCCGACGACGAAAACACUACCUUUAGUAGUAGUCAAAGUUGGCCGACGACAAAACACCACCUUAGUAGUAGUCAAAGUUGGCCGACAACACAAAACACUACUUUAGUAGUCACUUGCUGUAGGUCCUUGUCAUUGUAGCGUUAACUUCUACCCAAUUGUAAUGAACUUGAGCUGGUUUAGAGGCUGGGAAUUGGGAAAUGAAUGAAACACCACAUAACAAUAAUUGAAGUACUUUCAAGACAUAUAAAAUUGCCUUACAAAAAAUUAUCAAAUUAAAUACAGUUUACAAGUAAAUACUCUUAGUGCCAAUUGCAGAGAAGCCUAUUAAAUGUUAACCGUGAAUAAUUUAAUGAUAACCGAUCAGAGAAGCUUUCUUUUCAAAUUAUCCUUCUCUGUUUGGUUAUAAUUAAAUUAUUCACGAUUCAAAUUUAACCGCCUUUUGUGCAACCGGGCCAUAGAACUAGAAACUGAACUAGAACUAAAACUAGAACAUAGAACAUAUUUGAAUCACAUGUUCUUUUCAACGAUUCCUAGAUAUUUAGUAUCAUUGUACAAUGACUCACUUCAUUAUCACUUGAUAUUAGUAUCAUUGUAAUAUCGGUACCUACAUAUAACAUGAGACCACACAGAAGUAAUGAACACUUUGUAGAUACUGUGACCUGAUUUUAUAAGUAGGUCUAUGAAGUGUUCAAAGUGUCCAUAAGGUGUUUAUUAGAGUUGUAUGGCCUGAUGUUAUGAGUAGGUAGUACAUCAUACAAUAAUAAUAUUGACGGUCUAGGGACUGCCUCAAUGCCUUAAUCUACAUAACUUCAGCUACUUGCUUUUCAUCAACAUAAUCGAAAGUGUGGCUUUCAUUAGAGCCGACUAAGGGGAGUCUUCGAAUUUUUCAUAGCUAUGUUGUGUAUCAAUAGACAUGUCAGGAAUAGGUUCUCUGUUAUCAUUUGGAGUCUAUAAACGUCUUGAUGAUGCAACAAAAUAAUACUGUCUAGCUCAUUUGAAGUCUAUAAACGUCUUAAUGAUGCAACAAAAUAAUACUGUCUAGCUCAUAGUCUUGAAUUAAUUUUAAUCCAGAGGCAAGAUGAUGUCCAAAUCAUUUUAGUGUGGUCUACAUUGAUACAAAACAAUAUAAUUGUAACUAAUUGUCUAGAUACUGUUUUUCCAUGUUAAUAUUUGAAAAAAAUUACUUUUUGAUAAGAAAUGAGGCUGAUGAAGCUCCUCCUCAGGAGUUAAAUGUAUCUCUCAUCAAAAAGUAAGAGUUUUUUCAAAUAUUUACAUAGAAAAACAGUGUCUAGACUACAAAAACGUUAUUAUGAAGUGUUUCAUCAUAGAAAGCAACAUAAAUUUUAAUGUAAUUGUUUCAUUUUUUAAUUCCCUGUCUCUAAACCACGCUUAGUUUGGGAGCCAAAGAUGGAGAUGGUUGAACAGAGAAGGGAGAUGCAAAUCUGUUGGUUGACACUCCUGUCAGUGAGUCCUUUGGUUCCAAAACUGUUUGAAUUAGUCACUAAGUGUGCUCAAUUUUGAUUUGUUCCUUUUCUUGUGUAAACUAUGAGAACAUAAACAUGACUGAGAUCUCAUGCUCGAUUCUGUUUUCAACAUAUCAUUCCACAAUUUUAUUAGAAUAACUUCUAUGGUUUAAGCAUAUAUCAUUGAACAAUCAUUGAAUAUCCACAUUCCUACACUUGCAAUUCAGUUCUCAUAGUGUCCUAAGAAUAAUUAUUAUAGCCUAAUUCACGAAUUACUGUUGACAUUGUUUGGUUUUUAAACUUCCAAGUAUUAUUCAUCAAUUAAACUUUAAAUAUAUAUAUAUUGCUUUUAUUAUUCAGAUGGCUGCCUCAAAUUGUGUAUCCCGCAAUCAAAAAGACAAAUAUUGCAAAUGUAUCGCUCAAAUGUGGAUAUGACUUAUCAUGACAGAAACUAAUAAUGAAUAAGUAAAUCUUGUUUAUAAAAUUACUGUAUGUUGAAAUAGUUUGCUAUUAAUUAUCAAGGUUUCAUGUUUAUACAGUGAUAGUCAUGUUUGUUUUUCAAAUAAAUCACAUAUCAAAAAACUGCUGUAUUUUUUAAAUUUCUCUGUAAGUAGUUCACUGAAUUAAUGGCUGAACUUGAAUAAAUGUGAUCAAAAUAAAUUUAAAUUUAUACAUAUUAGAUAAGGUUGGACAACUCAUAAGUUCAAAAUACGAUUGCCUAAGAACUAUUUUGUAAAUUCUAGCUAUUGAAUUGGUACAUGCAUUUAUAAAAUUCAUUAGGAACACUCAAAAUUCAAAUGUUGGAACACUUAAUCAAAUUUUCUUCAAAAUUUC